AAAAAAUAAAUAAAUCUGGGAGGGUAAUAUAACAACAACAACAACAACAACAACCAUUAGAAUCAAUCCUCAGAUUUUUCUAGUCCUCCAAGUCCAAUCGUUGCAUUAGGUUACUUAAAGGUUCAAUUUUUUGCAAUGAACUGCCCAGCCAUGAGUGCAGCUUCUCCUCCUUCUUCUUGCUCUUCUUCUUCCUGUUCCUCUUACUCUACGUUUCGUCCUCCUCCUCCACUCUUGCCACAAUUGAGUAACAACGAUUCACAGAGAUCUCUCCACUGUUCAAAUCUAUCCUUUUCGAACCGGCUUCUUGGAAAGCAUUCAUUGCCUUUGAGAGCAUUGGUGGCUUCAAACCCUUUAAAUGUUUCGUCUUCCUCUGUUAUCAGUGAUGAUGCCAAAAUUGGUGUCUUGUUAUUGAACCUUGGUGGCCCUGAGACUUUGGAUGAUGUUCAACCUUUCUUGUUUAACCUCUUUGCCGACCCGGACAUUAUACGGUUGCCGCCUCUAUUCCAAUUUCUUCAGAAGCCAUUAGCUCAGUUUAUAUCAGUAGCAAGGGCUCCCAAAAGCAAGGAAGGGUAUGCAGCUAUUGGUGGUGGUUCUCCUCUUCGCCACAUAACUGAUGAACAGGCUGAAGAAUUAAGAAAGUCCCUUUGGGAGAAAAAUGUCCCAGCAAAGGUAUAUGUUGGUAUGCGGUAUUGGCAUCCAUUCACUGAAGAAGCCAUUGAACAGAUAAAAAGAGAUGGAAUUAGAAAACUAGUUGUUCUACCACUUUAUCCUCAAUUUUCGAUAUCGACUAGUGGUUCAAGCCUAAGACUCUUGGAGAGAAUAUUUCGAGAGGACGAGUAUCUUGUGAACAUGCAGCAUACUGUUAUCCCAUCGUGGUAUCAGCGAGAGGGAUAUAUAAAGGCAAUGGCAAAUCUAAUCGAAAGCGAGUUGGGAAAAUUUGGUUCGCCUAGUCAGGUUGUAAUAUUUUUCAGUGCACAUGGCGUGCCUCUUGCAUAUGUUGAAGAAGCCGGUGAUCCUUACAAGGCAGAGAUGGAAGAAUGUGUUGAUCUGAUUAUGGAGGAGUUAGACAAGAGAAAGAUCACUAAUUCUUACACUCUUGCUUAUCAGAGCAGAGUUGGACCAGUAGAAUGGCUGAAACCAUACACUGAAGAAGCCAUUACUGAUCUUGGUAAAAAAGGUGUUGAGAAUCUUCUGGCUGUACCCAUAAGCUUUGUGAGUGAGCACAUUGAAACUCUGGAGGAGAUAGAUGUUGAAUAUAAAGAAUUAGCUUUGAAGUCUGGUAUCAAAAACUGGGGGCGAGUACCUGCAUUAGGAACAGAACCAAUGUUUAUAUCUGACUUGGCAGAUGCUGUUGUGGAAAGUCUUCCAUAUGUUGGAGCUAUGGCAGUCUCAAACCUUGAAGCUCGACAGUCGCUAGUUCCGCUUGGGAGUGUAGAAGAACUAUUAGCAACAUAUGAUUCACAGAGAAGGGAGUUACCAGCACCUGUGACGAUGUGGGAAUGGGGAUGGACAAAAAGUGCAGAAACAUGGAACGGAAGAGCAGCAAUGUUGGCGGUGCUAGCGCUUUUGGUGCUCGAAGUUACAACUGGAAAAGGGUUUCUACAUCAGUGGGGCAUCUUGCCUUCAUUAUAAUAAAGAACAUAUACUUUUUCUCCAUCACAAACCCCAACCAAAAAUCCAAAUGUGAGCUUUCAUAUGUGGAAAUAAGGCCAGCUAUGUUCUUAUACUCUGGUUUUCUAUGUUGUAGAAUGUUGACAUUAAAUACUUCACAUUGUAUCUUCAUAAUGCCUUAGAACAAUUUGUCACCAAAUCAAGGCUCUAUCCAUUGAGAGGAUAGAGUUGACCUUUUCCACAUUAUAAAGUUUCCAUCUCCAAC